CCCCUAGCCAUGGCGGCGCACCCGCUGGCCACAUCGCCGCGCCUCCCUCCCCUCUGAAUCCCUCUCGCGAGUGCGCUCUCUGCCCGUCUCGUGGGCUCUCCCCGUCCACGAACCCGUCGCUGGGUGUCGUCCGCCGCCUCUGCCCGUCGCAGCGACGCCUGACACCGGCGCCUUCCACCUUCCACGGGCCUGUCGCGGGACGCUCUACGCCGGCCCUGCCCCACUCCACUGCAAGACGACUUCAACACCUGCACCGAAUAAACCGAAUCAAGGGUCAGCCGGCCAUGGGGAGCGGCCGUCGCCGUCGCCCACGCAAGAAUGCUCAGAGCAAAUCGACAACGGAGGACAAGGUUGACGCCAUCCCUGACGAGCUUCUCUGCCUGGUGUUCCUGCGCCUCACCUCGCCUGUCGACCUCGUCCGUGCCGCCUUCACCUGCAGGCGCUGGCGCCGCGUGAUCGCGGCGGACGCCUUUCGCGUCGUCGGCUCUCAGCACGGCGCGCCACCCCCCCACGCCGUUGGCCACUACCGCGUCGAGGAGCCCGGCGGCGGCUACUUUGCCGCCGCGCGUCCGCCCGGUCGUUCCCCUGUCUUCGUCCCCUCGUCCUCCUCACCUUGGAAGGACGUCGUCGCCGCCGCCGCAGGGUUCUUCGCGCUCGACUUCCUCCCGCGGACGCGAUACGGCGAAUUCAAUUGGGAGUUGGCCGACGUCCGGGGCGGACUCGUGCUGGUUAUGGAGUUCAGCGACAAACUCGGCUGCGCGCCGCUAAAAGGUCUCGCCAUCUGCGACCCCCUGGCACGGCGCUACAAGAAGAUCCCUUCCUCGGCGUGGUUCCACGGCCGAUGCUGUUUCAUGGGCUGCUUCCUCCUCGACGGCGAGGACGACGCAGGUGCGCCCAUCAGCCUGUCGAAUUUCAGGGUCACCUGCGUGCUCUUUUGUGAUGGAGUUGCCAAGGCGUACGCCUUCUCGCCCGCCGCUGGUGCUGGUGGCCGUUGGACCUCACCCGCCGCCGCGCGUGGCAGCAGCACAGCGAGGUGCGGCAACGACUACUGGAUGGCCACGGUGCCGAUCAGCUUCGCAGGGAGCACCGGGGGAUCCGCCUACUGGAAGAUUGAAAACGGACGGGUUGUUGCUCUCAACAAAGAGACCGCCGAGCUCUCGUCGUCCGUCCUGCCGAACGCGCUCCGGGGCAAGCGUCCAUCUCUGGAUUACGCGUUCGAGUUUCCUUGGCCACCUACCAUCCGACCUACUGGCUUAUGAUAAUCCUAGCUGCCUCGGUGGGAUUAGAUUUGCUUUGCCGUCUGAUGUGAUCAUCACUACUUCAUCAGUUGUAUAACUUGUAUCUGUGCGAGCUUGUCAUCGACCGCUUGCGUGUGUUCGUGGUCGUUUAGCACUGUAUUUCGGUCGGUUCCCUUCUGUUGCUGUUUAAAAAACAUUUAUCUCGUCUUAAGGUUAACUUUGGUAAAAUUGAACUUGUUUGUUUUAGAGAAGCUCAGCUGAGCGUUAAGUAUGUAAGGUGAUUUCUCUUGAACAGACGGGGGCUUUACC